UACUUUGAAGUCAGAUCCGGAAGUUUGCAAAGCCGCAGCGAACCCGAGCGCCUGUCCUCUCGCGGCGACGCGAUCUUUAGGUUGAGUUUAGUCAUGGAAAUGGACUAGUUCGUUGCUUGUUACUUGACAGGUGGGCGUCCUUUGACGGCGGCUUGUCGCCAAGAUGAUCCCAACCGAGGAUGCGUCGGCCAGGAAGAGGGAAAUUGAGGAGAAACUCCAGCAGGAACAAGAGACUCUUUCGUUCAUCCGCGAGAACCUGGAGAAGAGCGAUCAGCUGACCAAUGGAAUGGUGUCCAUUCUGUCGUCGUUUGAGAGUCGCCUGAUGCAGCUGGAGAACUCCAUCAUUCCCGUGCACAAGCAGACGGAGAAUUUACAGCGUCUGCAGGACAACGUGGACAAGACGCUGUCCUGCAUGGACCACGUCAUCAGCUAUUACCAUGUGGCCAAGGACACGGACCGCAUCAUCAGGGAAGGACCGACGGGGCGCCUGGACGAGUAUCUGGCCUGCGUCGCCAAGAUCCAGAAGGCCGUGGAGUACUUCCAGGACAACAAUCCCGACAGCCCCGAACUCAACACUGUGAAAGGGCUUUUCGAGAAGGGCAAGGAGCUCCUGGAGGCGGAGUUCCGCAGCCUGCUGACCCGCUACAGCAAGCCGGUGCCGCCCGUCCUCAUCUUGGACGCCAUCGGCGCGGCUGACGACGAGCUGGAGCUGCAGGAGGACGUGGUCCUGGAGCACCUGCCCCAAGCCGUCCUCCACGACAUCAUCUGCAUCGGCGCCUGGCUGGUGGAAUACGGACGCAAUCAAGAUUUCAUGACGGUGUACUUCCAGAUCCGCUCCAGCCAGCUGGACCGCUCCAUCAAAGGCCUGAAGGAGCACUUGCGCAAGAACAGCGCGUCUUCGGCCGUCCUCUACUCGCCCGCCGUCCAGGCCAAGCGCAAGGACACGCCCACCAAGAAAAUUCCCAAGAGGCCCGGAACCAUUCGCAAGGCUCAGAACCUUCUGAAACAGUACUCACAGCACGGGCUGGAUGGCAAAAAGGGGGGGUCCAACCUGGCACCUCUGGAAGGUUCCGAUCACGACCCGCGGGUCAGAUUCAUCUCUGAGGCUCUGGCCGACAAGCACGGCGGCCCCCCAGGCAAAGACGAUGGUCUGGACGCGGAGAUGGACGCGUACGUCCACUGCAUCAGCGCCUUCGUCAAGCUGGCGCAGAGCGAGUACGCCCUCCUCAGCGACAUCAUCCCCGAGCACCACCAGAAGAAGACCUUCGACUCCCUCAUACAGGAAGCGCUGGACAACGUGAUGCUGGAGGGCGACGGCAUCGUGGGCGCCGCCCGCCGCGCCAUCCUGCGCCACGACUACUCGGCCGUGCUCGCCAUCUUCCCCGUCCUCAGACACCUGAAGAUCAACAAGGCCGACUUUGACGCCACGCUGCAGGGGACGGCGGCGAGCACUAAGAACAAGCUGCCGGCGCUCAUCGCAUCCAUGGAGAGCAUCGGCGCCAAAGCGCUGGAGGAGUUCGCCGACAGCAUUAAGAACGAUCCCGACAAGGAGUACAACAUGCCCAAGGACGGCACGGUGCACGAGCUGACCAGCAACGCCAUCCUCUUCCUCCAGCAGCUUCUGGACUUCCACGAGACGGCCGGAGCCAUGUUGGCCUCGCAAGAGUCCACUUCUUCAUCCAGCAGCUACACGUCGGACUUCAACAAGCGUCUCCUCAGCACCUAUAUCUGUAAAGUCCUGGGGAACCUUCAGCUGAACCUGCUCAGCAAGUCCAAAGUGUACGAGGAUUCGGCCCUCAGCGCCAUCUUCCUUCACAACAACUACAACUACAUCCUCAAGUCUCUGGAGAAGUCGGAGCUGAUCCAGUUGGUGACGGUGACUCAGAAGCGAGCUGAGGGCUCCUACCGAGAACUCAUUGAGCAACAAAUCCACCUUUACCAACGCAGUUGGCUGAAAGUGACAGAGCACCUGAGCGAGCGGAACCUCCCCACCCUCCAGCCGGGCGCCAAGCUCAAAGACAAAGAACGGCAGGUCAUCAAGGACAAGUUCAAGGGCUUCAACGAGGGCCUGGAGGAGCUGUGCAAGAUCCACAAGGGUUGGGCCGUUCCCGACAAGGAGCAGCGGGACUUCAUUCGACUGGCUCAGAAGAGAGCCGUCACGCACGCCUACACGGGCUUCCUGCACAGGUGCGCCAACCUGCCGUUCACCAAGAAUCCGGAGAAGUACCACAAGUACCGUCCGGAAGAGGUGGAGGACAUGAUCGACAGGCUCUUCGACACCUCGGCUUGAUCCGUCGUCGCCUGUAACGUGUUCAAUAAACCAACAAAGAGUCAAAGUG